AUGAAGCGACAGAAAGCGUUGAUGGCGAAAGAAAACGAUUACACGAUGGAAUUCAGAAGCUACAGAGACGAUGCGUGGUACACGGCGCGCGUUUCAUUCGAGGGAGGGAUGCUGAGAGUGUGGUGCUUCGACUUCCCUGGAGAGUGCUACGAUGCGUUUGAAGCGUCCCAAUUUGGGGAAUGUGAGCACCUCCAUGAUUUUCAGCGUCGCUUCAGACCUAUGUCUAAACAGCUUCAAGACAGCGAGUGUGGUUCAGUCGUGACAGGAACCAGGGUCUGCGCGUGUCAGCGCUUCGGUGACGGUAACAUUCGCUUCUACGACGCCGUCGUGGAUGGGGUGAAAAGAAGAAAGCAUUCUUUGACAGCAAAAGAGAAAUCAUGCGUGUGCACCUUCAUACUUUUCUGGUUGAAUGGGCCAAAAGAGGGAAAUCUAACAGCUACAACAAUUGAGGAUAUCUGCAUAAUUCAAUCUGAAGGAGAGCUAGAUCCUGUAUUGGUUUCGUUUCUGGAGAUGGCAAAGGGGAAAAUAGAUUUGUUUUCCACUCGUUCUGUGUCAGCAUCAAAGGGGGUUUCUAGCAUGGAAAUGGCCGCUGAAGGGGACAGAGGCUCAGGCACUACCUAUGGAAUUGGUUAUUUUGAGCGAAUAGAAAAGGAAAAACGACAUGCUAAGCCGUCUGUUGCCAAAGUAUUUUCACCUGAAGUCACUUGUGAUGACAUGAAAGAUCGGGAUCUUGAAGGCACAAAAAACGUGUGUAUGAUAUUGAUUGCAAAUAUCGAUGGAGAAUUAUGUCCAUCUACAGUUACACAGUUCUUGCAGAGGCAUACUUUAGUAUCAGCUAGAGUCUUAAUUUUUCCAAAUUUGUCAUCGGAUGUAUAUACCAGGGGAGCCAUUAUAUUGGAUUCUGAAAAAGAGCUCCAAAAGAUGUGUGGCUUUCUAAAUGAUCCCAACUGCAUCAUAACGUCUUCAACUGGCAGGCCAUGGGUGAUACUUGAAAAGCUAGUGGGGCUAAAAGAAAUUAAAUCAUCAAUAGGAACAUUUGGGCAUACAUCAGAGGUAUCUUUCGUACACAAAUUUCUUUACUCCUUUUUUGCCACCAUUUCCCGGCUUAGUAGUCACGAGCAUGGAAAUUGUUCAGGACUAUAUGAUUACCAAAUGGUCAAAUUUGGACACCAGGAAAAUCGUUAAAUUUAUGAUAAAGUAAAAGGGGCACCUAGUCCAAUCGAGAAACCGUAUGCAGUGAGGGUAAUCAUCAUCUUAAAAGUUGGUUUUUUAAAAUUUAUAGAUUCACUUGUUAAGAUGAUAUUAGAGUUUUUCUUUGAAAGAUUUGUAGGAUAUAUUGGGUCAUCUAUUAUCAUGCUAUUAGUGGAUCACUUAUAA